AUGCCUGGAAUCUUUAACAUCUGGCCCGCACACGGGCCCGCUACCGCUAGCAGUAACUUCCGAACUGCUCCCGCCGCAUCUUCCGCCGCAUCUGCUGCUGGAAAUUUCUUCAGCAAGCAGGAGUACCUGUCUUUUGCCGUUGACCACCAUGUCGCGACAAAACCGGCGGACCUGCUGUUAACUGCAGAGCUAUCCGCAAUCGCCGGCGCGAUUCCCGCUCCGUUGUUGCCGCAUCAGACGCCCGCGUCCCCCGCGGUGAAAUCGCUGCUGUUCAACCAGCCGUCGAUCUCGCCGCACAACCCGCCGCGUCUUCCGCUCGCUGGAAUUGGCGCGCUGCAGCAAAUCCUUCGCACCGCAGCUGCGGGCGCCAAUACCGGCGAACGGAGCCGCGGCUGCGCUAGCGGCACCCUUCUCGCAGCGCAAAUUACAGCAGUCGGCGGGUCGGCAGCGGAAAAGUCUGCAGCGCCAAAAUCGGGGGAUGGCGCAGCAGCGGCAACUGCGGCGGUGACUGCGGCGAACAGCGGCAGCAGCCGAGGGCUGCAUUUAAUCCACGGGGCAUGGCCGACGGGCAGUCACGGGAAGACCGCCGCAAGUCACGGCGCCAAGAGCGGCGGCAGCUACGACAGCAACAGUUCCGGCAGCGCGCACGAUCCGUCGUCCGUGUGUUUGGCGGAGAUGGUGUCCGAUUUCAUGGAGACCGGCUCGGCUGAGAGCCACACGCUCGACCACCGCCUGCUUGACGCGAUUCACGGCAGCGAGGGUGGCUAUAACGCGGAUGCGAUGUACGCGCGCAUGGCGGAGCAGGACGCGCAGGCUCCGCGAAUGGGGGAGUGCGGCGGAUGGUGCGGAAUGGGGGAUGUCUCGAGCCACAUUGAGUCCCUCAGCGCCUGCACCUCCGCGGACGAGUGCCAGCUGUUCGCUGACGUCAUCGCCGCCCUCAAAACAGCCAAGAAGGAAGCUUCCUCAAAUGCUGCAGGCGCCAGCGGCAGCAGUGGCGCCACCAGCAGCGGCAGCAACGGCAAUUUGAGGCGAGCAGUGAUGUGCCUGCUUCGGUCCAAGGGGUACGAUGCUGCCGUGUGCAAGGCGAGAUGGGAGCACUCCAAGGGCCUCCCUGGCGGCACAUACGAGUACAUAGACGUCAUUCUGCCCUGCCACGGCAACAACAGCACCACCACCAGCAGCAGCACGGUCAACAACACCAGCACCAGCGCUUCUGCCACCGCCACCGCCGCCACUGCUGCCAACCCGUCACCAUUCUCACCAUCCGAUCGAAUCAUCAUAGACAUUGAGUUCCGAGCUCAGUUCCAAAUCGCUCGCCCCACCUUCGCCUUCGACGCAGUCGUCCACUCCGCUCCCAUCAUCUUCGUCGGCCGUCUCAACCGCCUGCUCAAGAUCACUGAAGUGCUGGCAGAUGCCACAAGGCAGAGUCUGAGGGAGCAGGGGCUGCACCUGCCGCCCUGGCGCCGGGCCGAGUAUCUCCGGACCAAGUGGGCUGGCCCGUACAGGAGGACCACGAACCAGAUUCCAAGGUCCGGGAGCAGCACGCAGCUUGCUGGAGGUUUGGGAGCGAGCCCGGGGGCUCUGGCUGGUGCUGUCGCUGCUGGUGAUUCUGCUGGCCUGUUUGGGCUCGCGUCGCGGCAGCAAGCUGCGUUCGCACGCCCUGUGCCUGCCAUGUUCCCUGCACCGCCCGCCGCUGCUGCCCCCUGUGCUGUGCCUGGUGGUAACCCGUUUGCGACAACCGAGCCGAGGAGCGCCGUUACCGCAUACGGCAAGAAGCCGAGCGCGGUUACAGGAUUCGGCCGUGAGGCUGUGGAAGGAGGUGCGCCGGGUGUAGCCGUGUCUACAGAGCAUGCGAGCCAAGGGCGUGGCAUGGUGAUGAGGAGUGGUGUGAGCCACGUGAGCCAGAUUGGGUUGGAGAUGCGAAGAUUGGCAGAGGAGCGAGCGUACAGGCAACACGGUUACUGCUGA